AUGCCAAACCAGACAGCCAAGAUAGCAGAGGCCAGGAUGGCGGUGGAGCAGCUGAAACUGGAGGUCCACAUCGACAGGAUGCAGGUCUCCAAGGCCGCGGCCGAACUUCUGGCGUACUGUGAGGAACACGCCAAGGAGGACCCCCUCGUCACUCCCGUCCCCAACUCCAACAACCCCUUCCGGGACAAGGGCAUGUGCGCCAUCCUCUAG